GACCGACCUGAAGCACGCAGUUAGAGCGCAUGUUGGUGUGAGAGAUUGUUGCUUGAGAGGCUGGUUGUUUUUAGUGGCUGUUUACCAGUCAGUAUAUAUACAACAAGCACGCCGCACUCUGUCUGCAAACAUUACCUGCCUUAUUUCCUAGCGAUCAAGCUACCAUGGAAUGACACUGACAGGCGAUCAUAUUUUGUUUUUUUGCUUAAAAUUUAAGCAGUACAAAUAUCAAGGAACCCAACCAGGCUAUAUACUGCCACAAGGAAAUAUUUUCAUAGAAUAAACUAUAUUCUUUGAUUGGAUACAUCACAAACAAAAUUGACAUUUUACAUUCUGAACACUGUUACAUACUGGAAUUACAAUCAUAAGUAUUGGCAUUAAUUCUUCCAGUUAUUGCAUUUAGUCUCAGCGUAUUGGUCCCUUCUUUUGGGACGGCAAUUUUGACAACCGGGCAAUCGUUGUUUUAAAAUACCUCUUGCUACAAUGGCGGAUUUUCGUCGAAGUAUGGGAGAUGUAUUAGGAGCGGCUGCGAGGCCUCAGUCACCUCUAAAGCAACGGAGAGGUAAGAAGAAAUCAGAAGAAAGAUAUAUAAGUAAACUAGACAAACAAGCCGACGAGGAAGCAUUUACAUUUCCUAAAGAGCAUGAAAAUAUAAAAGUACAGGAAUCCGAUGGUAAUUUCUUUGAGAGCUUUACAGCGUUGUCAUGGAGACAAGAAAACAAACGUCUACGUGCUACAUCAGAGCACGAAGAAGCCAAGAAAGCCGAAAAACCGUUGCCAGCAGAGCAACAGAUUGCUUUAAAACUUAAACUGCAUCAACCAACAAAGCAGGAAUAUGAGCUUCUUUACAUUGAAGUUCUCUACACCAUUAAACAUAAGAUCGGAACGACUAUCGGUGGACACCUACCAUACAUGCAAGAUCUCUACCAAUAUGCACAAGAUGCAUUUGGUAUGCCUCCCGAAGACCACGCUAAACUACUUGCCAAAGCUACGGAAGAAAAGCCCCCAAUAUUGAUGUUGAAUGUUACGGUAGUUCAAGCCCGUGAUUUAGAGGCAAAAGAUGCUGAUGGAUACAGUGACCCGUUUUGCAUGCUUGGAAUUAUGCCCAGCUGUCCAGUUGACUAUUCGUCUAGCGAAUCCACUUCCUCCUAUCCGGACGACGAGAGCCCACGAUAUCGAGAUAAGAAAGGACUGAAAAAGUUUUCGACGAGUAGCUUGCACAAGAAGAAAGAUAAGCAGCAAGCUGUUAGAGACCUCUUGCCAGCGAAGCUUAUACGGACGACCAAUGUUAAAAAGAACACUUUAAAUCCAGUGUGGAACGAGCGCUUCAGAUUUGAUCUUGACGACAUAAAUGCAGACUGCUUACAUUUAGAUAUUUGGGACCACGACGAAGAAUAUUCUGUGUUUGAAGCAGCUAAAAAAUUAAAUGAGGUAUCUGGAUUCAAGGGUCUUGGACGAUUCUUCAAACAAGUCGCACAAUCAGCUCGAAAAGGAAGCAGUGGCAGUGUUGAUGACUUCCUGGGUUGCGUUAAUAUCCCAGCCAAAGAAAUCCCUUCAUCGGGUCUAGAAAAAUGGUACAAUCUGGAAGGCAGAUCCUCCAAAUCGAAUAUUCAAGGUGAAAUACAACUGAAAUUAUGUUUAACAACACGUGAGGAUCGUGGAAUACCUGAAGAUGACAAUUGGACUGACAUGAAACAACAUGAGGAUCUAAUUUGUAUUUUUAUCGAAUACCGCGUCCGAACGUUACAGGAUGCACCAAAUAAAUGGGCCGGGAAAUUACCUCAGGCAGCUUUAACAAUUCUCCACCAGCAUGCUAUACAAGGUGAUGUCACUGAUAUACAGCAAGCUAUCUGCUAUUGGGCGGCCUUUUGUCGAAAGCAUAUUGAACAUACGUUUGAUUACGCCCUGAUGUACCUACAGCUUGAGAGAUUAGACUCGGUCUGGGAACCAGGUCAGCUCUCAUCCAUUGAAGAAGAAUCGCUGAUAGAAUCCUUCAACUUAUUCAUAGAUUACUGCUUAAACCUCAUUCGCAAACAAAGGGAUGUUUUCAUUCCAAGUCAAAAGGAUGCAAUGCAUUCCCUAGAAUGUAUGCUAAGAUGUCUCUCAAAAAUAUAUGGCAUGACAGCUUUCAAAGAGCUGUGUCCAUUUGCCAAGGAAUUACAUUCGCAGAUUGUGACAGCCAUAAAGAAAGGAACCACAGACUGGUAUGACAGAGUUGCAAAAAGAACGAAAUCAAAGUCAAAAAUCGAAGGUGAUAUAAUACGGAGUUUAAUCGAACUAACCACUUUGUUAAACGCUGAUAUGCACCAAGCAGUACACUUUUAUCAGAAACUUUACGAAGAUAUCGUGGGCGUGGAAUAUGUACCGCUUUCUUACCUACAUCUUGAAGAACUACUGGCACAGGACGUAAUUACAGCUCUAAGAGAUGAGGUUGGCGAUGAUCUGAAAAUCGGAAACCUAGAAUAUGAAGAAGUCAAACAGCAAGUGACCAGCGUCGCUUCAUCUGAAAUCGGCACAUCACUUUUCGAAUUUUACUUGGAACUUCAAGAAUUCUGCAAGUUCAAACGAUUGAUUACUGAAACCGAACAAAUGUCUUUGAGUAUCACAAAGUAUUACGAAUGGUUUCGGUUUGCUGUCCAAAAAUGGUUGAUCAUUGCGCAGCAGAAGGCUACAGCCCGUGUCAGCAAAGCAGUCGAAGUUGACACCGUGUAUAGCAACAUCUGUAACGCAAAAUACAGUUCUUCGGCGGUGGACGUUUGUAGUCUUUUCAAUCACAUGGUGGAUUUUUGGACAAAUCUUGAAUGGCCGGAACCAUGUGACGCCUAUACAUUUACUGCUAACCUCACACAGAACAUUUGUGACAACGCUGUGAGAUAUGCUGAUUUGAUCCAUGAUAAGCUUUGUGCGUCCGGAUUUUAUGACGAGGAAGGUCAAUUUGAUGUUUCGGAACAGUUAUGUAUUACCAUAAACAACAUUGAACACGUCCGUAUAACACUGAAACCUAUUGCACAGACGAUGAGGUUUGCAACUCUGGAGCAGGAUUUAGAAUAUGCCGAUCCGAAACGAAGAAGAAAACUGGAGAAAAUCAAUCUAUUUACGUUGGUCAACAAAUCGGAUCAGAUGAUGAUUAAUAAAAUUAAGCGAGUCCUUGACCGUGUGGCAGACAGGAUGCGUCCAGAUAUCAAGAAAGAUGUAUUCCAUAUGAACUGGACACCCGAUGUUGUCCCUGCAGAUGAGGCAAUUGUGGAUCUCAUGGAAUACCUUGACAAGAAUCUCGUUACUCUAAACCAAAACCUCGUCAGUGCAAACUUUAACCGUAUUUUGCACUCCAUCUGGGUUGAGGUCCUCGAGGAAUUCAACGAUGUCAUGGUUACAGAAGAUAUGAAACACCAAGUUUUCUACCAACGAAUGUACGAUGCUUUAACUCUACUUUUAGAGUUUUUCUACGCGAACAACAAAGGUCUCAGUAUGGAUACAAUGUUAACAGAUAAACAAUUCCAGGACCUACGAGAACAACUGGCUCUCCAUAAAGAAGACACAAGAGAUUUGAUAGAACAGUUUUACCAAGAGAAAUUAGAUGAACAGGACCAAACAGAAACUAGUCCUUACGGUAUAUUAAACAUCCGGGUUUUUUACAAAUAUGAAGUCCAGACGUUAUUAGUGGAAGUUAUCAGUGGAAAAGAUUUAAUCCCUCUAGAUGCUAAUGGAUUUAGUGACCCCUUUAUCCUGAUCCAUUUGAGCCCAGAGCACAUUUUCCCCAACAUCACAGUUCAGAAGACUCAGAUCGUCAAGAAAACAUUAAAUCCGGUUUUUGACGAAUUAUUUGAAUUUCCAGUGAGCCCAGAACAGUGCAAACACAGAGGUGCAGCCAUCCAGUUUAUUGUGAUGGACCAUGACUUCAUGUUCCAAAACGACAUUGGAGGAGAAGCUUAUAUCCCACUUAGUGAAAUCCCUGGUGUUAACGGAGCGGAAGUGACUGGAUUCGAGGCCUUGAAUAUAAUCUCCAUGCCACUAAUGCACCCUAGACACAAAGAAAAAGGAACAUUUAAUGUGUUACGGGGUCGAACUUGGGACAAAGAGGCACAGGAAUUCGUGAAAAGAAGAAUCAAACUUGAAGAACAAGCAUCGUGAAGAACAACUAAGAUGAAGAAAAGAAAAUGAUAGCUAAAAAAAAAAAAAUUAAAAAAUAAACAAAAAACAUACCAAACCAAACAACACAAAUACAGAAGACAAGAAAAGCAGAAAAACAUGAAAGACAAUAACAAAAAGAAAAUUAACCAUCCAACAAAAACAAAAUUUAAGCCAUUCCAUUGACCAGUAUUCCAUGGAUGACUCCGUGGAGCACUCCGUAGAGCACUCCGUGUAUCAUUCCGUGUACCAUUCCAUAGACCGUAAUAUAGAACCUUGCAUAUGUUCAUUUUGUUCGUAGUAUAUCAUAUAUAUGAUCGUAAACAUAACAUGUGACAUGCUUCCCCUCCUCACCACCACGCCUUUUUUGUUACUAUACAGUUGACGCUGUGUCCUUACCAUUCAUUUGUAGUGCUCUCCCUAUCUGUCUAUCUUACUCAAUCUCUUUUCUCCUCUUUUUCUUUCCUCUCUCUCAUUUUCUCUACCUUUCUCUCACUCUCCCACACAUACACACACAGAUAUUGUACCUUUGUAUCCACCCUUUGCUUUAUCCCCUCCUGUAUUUCGAAUGUAUCUGAUCAAGUGUUGAAGAAUGGAUCAGAGCAGGGCGUGUUGAAUGAAGGAUUGGCAUACAAAGAAAAAGAAAAUGGAAGAAAAGAAAGUUAAGAGAUAUAGAAAGAGUCAUGUAGAGUUAAAGAAAGUGUCGGAAAUGAAGAUAGAAUUCUUGAGAGACAGUGAAAGAAAGAUAGAAAGUAUCUGAGAUACAGAGGUGACGAUAGAGAGAUUGUGGCUGAUAAGGACAUUAUAUAUAUAUAUAUAUAUAUAUAUAUAUAUAUAUAUAUAUAUAUAUAUAUAUAUAUAUAUUAGAAAAACGUAGGGAGUUGAAAGAAAAUGUAAGAAGGAAAGUGUCAAUAAUAAUGAACAAUAAUGAUAAUAAUAACGACAAUGAUAAUAGCAGUAAUAAAACACCCAAAAGAAUCCAGAGUAAUUGGAGUAAAGACAUAGAAGAUACCAUUAAGGUGGAAAUAGGUAAGAAAUAUAUAGUUGUAUCAAAGAGUUCAAGCUGAUUCUUUGGUAAUAUCAGUUGUGAUAGGGGCUCAUUCUUUAUAUUAGAUGGAAUUAGUUUAAUGGGAGUAUAGGUGGGAGUUGUCUCACACCGCACUCAGUCUUGCUAUCAUUGUUUAAGGUUGCUACUCCCCGCCAAACUACAUAACAACAACACACCCCCAUCCUACGUAAUAUCGCAAUAUUGUUGGAUUUGUAAACAACGUAUGUAUAUAUAUAUAUAUAUAUAUAUACAUACAUACAUACAAGGUGAUUCAAAAGUCACCAUACAUAGAACAUUUUUUUAAUAAGAAAGUUAAAUAUAAAAAAAAAACUGUUUCUUAUCAAAAAAAAAAAUUCUUCUGUAUGGCGACUUCUGAAUCCCCCCCAUAUAUAUAUAUGAAUCUCCCCGGUCAAAUCUCAGCCGACCAGUGAACAAGCAAAGCGCAUGUGUAUGUGUUCGAUAAUGUUACAACACUUGCGUUGCUCCUAAUUAAUAUUUAAACACACACACACACACACACACAUAUAUAUCUAUAUGUGAGAGCAGCUAAUUAAGAAUUUGCAAUUACAAGCCAAUAAUGGAACUUUGAAGGUAUUACGUACAAAGUUUUUAAAAUGUUUUAAGUAUUACACGCGUAGACUCCAUACAAGCAUACAUUCGCAAGUGAAACAUAGAUUCAUGCACACACACACACACACACACACACA